AUGGCUCCUACCAAAGGCAAGUCAGCGAGAGGUCGCGGAGGCAAAUCGACAAAUAACCGUGGUGCCAGAGUCUACCAUGGUCAGAAUCCUAAACUCAUCCCCAGUGGCGUCGGAACCUCUUCUCACUCGUCGAACCCAAGUUCGGCGACACAGUCUGUAAGUCGUCCUUCCCAAUAUCCGCCGGCGACACAAGUACCCUCGACUCCUGCUCUUCAAACAUCACCUGCUGUCUCUCAACAAGCACCGUCGGGUGGGUCUCAACAAACAGCGCCGGGUGGCUCUCAACAAACACCACGGGCUGGCUCUCAACAACCACCGCCGGCUGGCUCUCAACAACCACCUCCUGCUCGUCGAAAACAACCUCUUGGGCGUCAACAACAACCUUCUUCUUCUCGUCAACAGCAGCCUUCAUCUUCUCGUCAACAGCAGCCGCCUCCUCGUCAACAUCAGCCUUCUUCUUCUCGUCAACAGCAGCCUCCUCCGCGUCUACCACAGCCUCCUCCUCGUCAGGAUCCAGAGGAGCAACAGGUCAUACCACCAGAGCUAAACCUUAAUGAUGAAGACGAUUAUGAGGAAGAAGUAGACGAAGAGCCUUAA